AUAUAGAUUUUGGUACAUUCGCAUCACACAAACACAGUGCAAAGUGUACACUGUACAUGAUUUUUCCAAGUUAGUAAUAUCAUGCAUCAUUUUCUUCCUUUGACAGAUAUGGUAAAAUGGGCAAUGAAUUAGUCUCGAGCUUAUGUGUAUCAAUAAAUGUAGUGUGUAGUGCAGAGAACGCGUUUAGUACGUGUAGUUUUGUGUUUUGUUUAUGAAUUCAUUUUAAUACGCUCCGCUUGCGGCCAAUGUAAAAAAGUGAUAAAAUUGUGAAAUUCAAAACUCUGUUAUAUAUCAUCUAACACAUCAUUAAAAUUCCAAACAAGCCUUUUUGAUUGGAGAAUUUUGACUUCAAAGCGAAUUUCGGACAAACGCAAUCAAUCAAAAAUGCCUCAUCAGCAAUCGACACGACCAGUUCUUGGUUUUGAAGCACAUACCACAUCAACGAAAUAUAUAUCCGAUGACCAAUUGGCUCCAUUUAUAUCGAGUACGCUACCUACGUCACAAGUUGAAUUAACUUUAAGCUGCCGAGAUCUCAUAAACACAGACAUUAUCAGUAAGUCGGACCCGUUUUGCAUUGUUCUUUGCAAAGAAUCUUGGCAGGAUCAAUAUUAUGAGGUCAUGCGCACCGAAACAAUAUCCGAUAAUCUCAAUCCACAAUGGGUGAAAAAGUUGGUGUUAAACUAUAAUUUCGAGACAAUGCAAAAGCUUCGAUUUGAAGUUCGUGACGAAGAUUAUCAAGGUUCAGACUUUUUGGGAUUUUUUGAAACGACUCUCUCGGAUUUGGUAUCGACGGCUGGACGCCAAUACAUUGGAAAGCUCAAAGGUCAAAUCGGUGGUAGUAGUAACCAGAAUUUGGGAGAAAUUAUCAUAGUCGCAGAAGAAGUUUUGGGUUGCAAACAAAUCGCUCAGAUCAAAUUUCGUGCAGAGCAAUUACCAAAAUUGGGCUGGGUGUGUAGCAACGACCCCUUUCUCGUUCUAUCACGGUCAAAUGAAGAUUCAAGUUGGUCCGUUGUAGCACGAACAGAACCUUGUUGGGCGACAAAAAAUCCAAUAUGGAAUUCAUUUGGAAUACGUGUAACGACACUUUGCAACGCAGAUUUUGAUCGAACCAUUAAAAUUGAUUGCUACGAUCAUCGUUCGAAUGGAAGUCAUAAGCUAAUUGGAACGUGUUAUUCGUCGUUGCGAAAUUUAAUUGCGCAAAAUGAACCAAUGAUAUUUUUCAACGAAGAAAAGAGAAAGGCCAACUCAAGCCAUGCCAAUGCUGGCAUAUUAAAAGUUGACAAUAUCCAUUUCACCGAAGAAAUUACAUUUCUCGACUAUAUAAGCCGCGGUACACAAUUGCAUUUUGUUGUGGCCAUCGAUUUUACCGCAUCAAAUGGCAUACACACCGAUCCAAAUUCUUUGCACUACCUCAGUCCCAAUCGUAUGAAUUCCUACGAAAUUGCCUUGCGUGGAGUUGGCGAAAUCAUUUCGAAAUAUGACAAUUUAAAGCUGUUUCCGGCUUUUGGUUUUGGCGCCAAACUGCCGCCAUCGGGUCAUAUAUCGCACCAGUUCCCAUUAAAUGGUAAUGCCUCACAUCCAUACUGCUCGAGCAUCGAAGAAAUCAUGGUACACUAUCGCAGACAAUUGAACUCCGUACAGCUUUAUGGGCCGACCAAUUUUGCACCAGUCAUCAAUAAUAUGAUAUCCAUAUCAAAUCAGUUUCAGGACGGACGAAAUUAUUUCGUAUUGUUGAUCAUCACCGAUGGCAUCAUUUCAGACAUGCAACAAACAAAACGCGCCAUUAUAAAUGCAUCGUCGCUACCAAUCAGUAUUAUCAUUGUUGGCGUCGGAAAUGCGGAUUUCGAAAAUAUGGACGAAUUGGAUGGUGAUAAUGCUCGCUUAUAUGCAGACGGUCGUUAUGCUGAACGCGAUAUCGUUCAAUUUGUACCUCUCAAUAAAUUCCUUACACACGGCGGACCAAAUCAAUAUAUUAAAUCUCAGACAAAUUUAGCGAAAGAGGUACUGGCCGAAGUACCCGAACAGCUGACAAGCUUUAUGAAAUCGAAAGGCAUCAAACCACAAGCAUCAGAAGCGCAAAAUACACCACCAAAUGUGUCUGUGGUACAACCAACGGCACCCCUAUUUUAAUGGGACAUGACAAUUUAAAAAUGGCUUCGUUAAUGGCGCACAUUUUGCAUUUACUUUAUCACGCCAAGCACAGCAACGAGACCUUUAUAAGCUUAGUUUAAUUUUUUUUUUCUAUCGAUGUACAAAUAUUCUAGAAAUACUCAAUCGUGUUAACUGUUGUUUAUGUCAAAUAUGUUCUGUCCAUUCAGCAAUCUCAUGUUUUGAGAAGCUUUUUACACAUUUUACAA